AUGGCCCGCCGCUUCUCUGCACUCAACCGGCCUCCGCCCAAGUAUCCUGGCCAUGUACCUCUGACCAGGAUCGAGCAGGCAGGCAUGGCGCUCGGAUCCGGCAUCAUGUCGCUGCUCAACCCCUACCGUGCUGAUCUCAUAGCCACCCUGGGCGAGACGACGGCCACCCCGUACUUCAUCUACCGCCUCCGCGACGCCAUGCUGGCGCAUCCCACAGGCCGCCGCAUCCUUCGGCAGCGCCCGCGCAUCAGCUCCAAGACGAUGAGCCUGCCGGCGCUUCGCGCCCUGCCGCCCAACUCGGUGGGCCGUGCCUACGCCUCCUGGCUGGACCGCGAGGGCGUAUCGCCAGACACCCGGUCGCCGGUGCGGUACAUUGACGACGAGGAGUGCGCGUACGUGAUGCAGCGGUACCGCGAGUGCCACGACUUCUACCACGCGCUGACGGGCCUGCCCACGGUGCGCGAGGGCGAGGUGGCGCUCAAGGCCUUUGAGUUUGCCAACACGCUGCUGCCCAUGACGGGGCUGAGCAUGCUGGCCGUGGCCACGCUCAAGCCGGCCGAGCGGCGGCGCUUCUUCAGCGUCUACAUGCCGUGGGCGGUUAAGAACGGCGUGCGUAGUCAGGACAUUAUCAAUGUCUAUUGGGAGGAGCAGCUGGAGCGGGACGUGGACGAUUUGCGGAGAGAGCUGGGCAUUGAGCAGCCGCCGGACCUGCGGGAGAUUCGCAAGCGGGAGAAGGAGGAUAAGAGGCGGCUCAAGGAGAUGCGAGAGAAGGGGAUUUGA